UUACGGCAGCAGCAUCUCUGGGAGUGGCGGUAGAAGGAGGAGGAGAAGAAGAAGUUGCCAGCAUGGCGUUUACUCUUUACUCUCUCAUCCAGACCGCUAUUCUGUGUACCAAUGCAAUCGCUGUGUUGCAUGAGGAGAGAUUUCUCAGCAAGAUUGGUUGGGGUGUUGACCAGGGAGUUGGAGGUUUUGGAGAUGAUCCAGGAAUCAAAGCCCAGAUUCUCAAUCUCAUCCGCUCAGUCCGGACUGUCAUGAGAGUGCCUUUGAUAAUAGUGAAUUCUGCCUGCAUCGUCCUGUUGCUGCUGUUUGGUUGAUCUUCGCCUACCAAACUUAGGUGGAGGACCACAAACAUGCCAAUGAAAAGCCACUCGCACAAAAUCCUGAACUCUUUGCCAUUUAGAGACUUCUGCCACUGUCAGUUAUUGGGAGGGCGGAAAUGUUUUUCAACUGGCCGGCGCUGAAAUAGAAGAUCAACUGCAGAUUUUUAAAUGCAAAGAGAAGAAGAACUGAAAAUUAGCUGGUGCAGACUUCCUGUUGUGUUUCAUCACCACUAAAAGGACAAAAUUGAUGUAAUUUUGUCGAGGUCAUGACCACACAGGAUGAUGGUUUCAUCUUGAUCCCCGAUAUCAUAUCAUUUGCAAAUGUUUUUUUUUAAAUCGGUAUUUAAAUAACCUGUUAGUACAGACAGAUUUGUUGACACUUCAUACUGUAAAAGGGGCCUGCAAAGUUUUUUUUUUUUUUUCCAAACAUUUAUGGGGCAACUAACAGCAGGUUCAAAAAGGAACACAAUUCACAAAUCUCUUCAUAUAUAUGUGUUGAAUUGAUUUGUAAUUGGCCCAUCUCUGAGAACUGAAAAGGCUAAAUGGUGUAGAUGUUAAUUUUAAGCAAUGCUGCCAAACGCAGCUCCGACCAAUGUAUUUUGAACUGUUUACACUUCAGUGCCACAAAAAUUGAGAUACUGUCUUGAAAUAAAUGUAUCACUCAGUGUUGUGGAAUUCCUUAUGUUAUGUUGCUUUCUGUGUGUGACAGCAGACAAACUUAAACAAAUGACAUUUCGAUAAAACUUCCAGCUGUUUUGUUGAUGAAUGAAAUAUUAGAUGUGUAGCAAGUAACGAAAAUAAAUGUUGCCUGUCCACUCUGU